AUGGAAAACACCAGCAGCGGCACAACGCGCUGGAAUGCGCUCUCGCUUCCAAUAGCAACUCAGACAGACGCAUUGGUAGCACAGUUUCCAGACCUCGAAUGGCUCACAGCGCUCGAGACAAGUCAGCGACUACACGCACUAUCCAAGCUCUUAAAAUCACCGAAACACACUCUUGGUGUUGCCAGAAUGUUUUCUCCGCUUCUCGUAGAUCUCUGCGCGCGAUGGUUGGAUGACCAGGAAGAAGACGAGCAAAAAUUUACAGUCUUUGGACUCCUCUUGCCCGCCCACGAAGAACUCUAUCCCGUCUUUGCCCGGUUCCUCCAGCGGCCUUCGCUCGCAAAUGGCCCACUUGCGUUUGUGACGCGCGAGAAUGCCGCACAUAUACCAAAAUCGACGCUCCAUCCUCUAUUGCUAGCCUACCACCGCAUCAUAGAGGCUAUUCCGCAUAUCCAUCGCGAUUUUCAAUGGCCAGCGACCCAUCUGCAGAGUCUCUGCGAUCCUCCCCAUCCCGAAUCCGGAGUCAGGCUACUUGCACUCCGCUGCUUUGCCUUUCAUGUUGGGAUGAACGAACCAGCUCGUGUCAAGUGGGAAGAGUCGCUCGUCGGAACUCCAGCAAACGUUACGCCGACGGUGGAAACAGGCUUUGGCGACUCUGUCAACAUAUGGACACUCCCUCUACUUGACCAUAAAAGAGUCAUUGACGAGAGACUAGCUUUGACUGUCACCUUUGACUUGUGCAAGGCUGCUCCGCUUAUUGAUGCCACGGCAUUAUGUCCCUAUGUCACCACUGUUGGAGGAGUUAUCCUCCUCCGGUCAAACGCGCUGCAGCCGACAACGCCAUAUCUCAGCUUCAACGCUAAUUGGAGCACACUUCACGAUGUUGCGAGGCUGCUUCAGCAACGGCAGCCAAUACUACUUUCUGGCUCAUCUUCGAGCGGUAAAUCCACCCUCGUCGAGUACCUCUCAAGCUUGUUGAACCAUCAUUCCUCAACGGCUGUUGUAUCCAUUCACCUUGCGGACACGUCUUUAGACUCAAGAUCCCUGCUUGGGUCCUAUGUGUCAUCUGCAACAACACCAGGCGUCUUCGAGUGGAGGGACGGUGCAAUCAUCCAGGCCAUGCGAACUGGGCGGGUGCUUGUGCUAGAGAACAUCGACCGUGCCAGUAGCGAGGUUCUUGGAAUGCUCUGGCCCCUCGUAGAAAGCAUGAGCAUGGCAAAGCCAAUCGGGGACCAUGCGUCCUUGCAAGUGUUUGGGCGUGAGACUGUACGCGCAACGGAGGGGUUCUCUCUAUUCGCUACUAGGACGGUUUCUCCGUCCCAAAAUGGUGAAAUUCCGCCAGCAAAUUUUCUUGGUUCGCACAAGUGGCGACACGUACAAGUACCCGAGCCCUCUGGAGAGGACCUGGUGGCGAUUGUUGAAAUGUCGUUUCCAAAAAUGAGUCCACAACGCGCCAAGGCCCUGGUCGCGGUCUGGGUUAGGCUCAGAUCGGUGGAACACGAUCUGAAUCCAUCGACUGUUCGCCCCAUUGGACUCCGCGACCUUCUUAAAUGGAGCAGCAGGAUAAAUCUUGUGGAGCCUCCUACGGAAUCGAUGGCUUGGGAGGCAGAGCAGCAAAUCCCAUUGAGCGCGCUGUUCAGCAACCCCAUCACUCGAGAAGACAUCUUCCUGGAUGCAAUGGACAUUUUCUUUGGCGCAUACAAUGAGAGCAAGCAACUUUCAUCUACAUAUCUCGACGCGGCUGCCACGUUCUUGGCCGUAGAGCUCUCAAUCAGCUCUCAUCGACUGCAGUGGCUUCGUUCUGCUCGAUGUCCGCAACUCGAGCUGCUGAAGAAUUCGAAUGGUGCCACGACUGGGCUUGUACUGGACCGGAUCGUUUUGUCCGCUGUGGAUCCUUCCUCCCAAAUCAAUGCCCAAGCUCUUCGUCCAUUUGCUCUUCACCGACCAUCUCUCACUCUCUUGCACUCCCUCGCCGCCGCUAUUCGCGCCAACGAGCCAGUGCUACUUGUGGGAGAAACAGGUACAGGAAAGACUACUGCUGUUACACAUCUGGCUACUCUUCUAAAUCAGUCGUUGGUCUCCUUAAACUUGUCGCAGCAGACAGAGACCUCCGACUUGGUGGGAGGGUAUAAGCCCCAAGACGCACGUGGCCCAGCGCAGGAUCUUCAGAGAAGGUUUACGAGCCUCUUUACCGUCACGUUCAGUCGCGAGAAGAAUGUCAAGUACGAAGAAGCGAUUCGUUCCGCCGUUGCGAAUGGAAAGUGGAAGCGAGCAGCGGUCCUCUGGAAGGAAGCAGCCGGGAGAGCAAAGGAUCGUCUUCAAUCCAAGAUUGACAAAGACACAGCCCAAAGUGGUGGAUCAGAAGAGCCAAGGAAGAGGCGAAAGUUGGAUACAGGCGAAAACUUGGAAGCGAAACUUAACAAUUGGAGUAAAUUUGAGGAGGAAGUCAGCGUUUUCGAGGGCAAUUCGAUUCUUCUCGACGAGGUCAAUCUUGCAAGCUCAGAGACGCUCGAAGCUAUCUCUUCCAUCCUCCAUAGUCCUCAUGCAUCAAUUACUCUGACAGAGCAAGGGUCAUUGGUACCUGUAGAGCGACAUCCCAAUUUUCGCCUCUUUGCGUGCAUGAAUCCGGCGACAGACGUCGGCAAGAAGGAUCUUCCUCAACAUAUUCGAGCAUUGAUGACGGAACUCUACGUACCACCGCCGGAUGCCAACCCCGACGCACUGCUAGCCGUAGUCGAGCAGUACAUCGGCCACAUCUCUAUGGCGGACAGAGCUGCCAUCAUGGAUGUCGCCGAGUUUUACACGUUGGCGAGGAAAAUGGCUCAAGCAGGAGAGCUGGCAGAUGGGUCCAACCAGAGGCCACACUACAGUAUGCGCACGUUGACGAGAGCGUUGACCUUUGCCGUUCAUGUGAAUACCCUUUUCCCCCUCAGACGAGCACUGUGGGAAGGGUGCCUAAUGUCGUUUUCGACCAUUCUGGAGCCAAAGAGUUCCGACGUUUUCAAAGCCCUCGCCCUGAAACACCUCCUGGGGAAUGCAAAAAAUGUUCGAUCUAUACUAUCUCAGAUACCAUCAGCUCCAGCAGAUGGCACUGAAUACAUCUCUGUUGGUCCAUUCUGGCUCGAACGAGGGCCCACAGAUCCCCUCCCUAUCAACCAUUAUAUUCUCACUCCAUCGGUUCAAGCGAAACUCCUCGAUCUUGCUAGAAUCCUCGUCACUCGCCAAUUUCCAGUACUCAUCGAAGGACCGACCUCUAGCGGGAAGACCAGUGCCAUCGAGUAUCUUGCAAGACUCACUGGUCAUCGGUUUAUACGCAUUAACAAUCACGAACAUACCGAUAUCCAAGAGUACCUCGGUUCAUACGUGACGAACCCCGAAACCGGGCUGCUCACGUAUCAAGACGGUCUUCUCGUUCGUGCUGUGCGAAGAGGAGAUUGGAUUGUCCUCGACGAGCUCAACCUCGCUCCGAGCGAUGUCCUUGAAGCCCUGAACCGCCUAUUGGAUGAUAACCGCGAGCUUGUGAUACCUGAAACCGGCGAAGUUGUUCGACCACACCCACAUUUCAUGCUCUUCGCCACUCAGAAUCCUCCCGGUCUCUACGGCGGUCGGAAGAUAUUGUCACGAGCGUUCAGGAACCGCUUUCUCGAGGUCCACUUCCAAGAUGUUCCCCAAAACGAAUUGGAGCAGAUUAUCCAGGAACGAUGCGGAAUUGCCCCAUCUUACGCUCACCGCAUCGUUGCAGUUUACCAAGAGUUGCAAAGGCGGCGUCAAGCUGGUCGCGUAUUCGAGACAAAGCACGGCUUUGCAACUCUUCGUGACCUGUUUAGGUGGGCCAAUAGAGGCGCCGGAAGCGUACAAGAGCUGGCGGAAGAUGGAUAUAUGCUCAUUGCCGAGAAAUCGCGGAGAGAGGAUGACAAGGCUAUCGUCAAGGAGGUCAUCGAGUCCGUCAUGAAGGUGUCUAUCCACGAGAGCCAGAUCUACAACAUUCAUAAUCCAGCAGUCGUCCAGUCACUUGCUUGUCCGCUUCCGUCCGAUGGGACGAUAGUUUGGACACAGGCGAUGCAACGAAUCUUUGUCCUGGCAUCGCGUGCACUUCGCCACAAAGAACCUAUCCUUCUCGUCGGCGACACUGGGUCCGGGAAGACUUCUUUCUGCGAAAUCUACUCUCAAGCAGCCGGAAAGGCUCUCUAUACCGUCAACUGUCACCAAAAUACGGAAACGGCAGAUCUUCUGGGAGGUCAACGUCCUAUUCGCAAUCGCGCCUCGCUCUUAGGCGAGAAAGAGCGAUUCGCCAGGUCCUGCCUGGGGUCACUCGAGAUAGCAAUCGACCCGUCUAUGCCUAUCGAGACGCAAGUCCAGAUGGCAAUAUCUACCGAAAACCGUCCUGAGAUAAAGGGGAAAUUAAUCGAGGUUCUCAAGGGAUUACAGAGACUGGUUCCGCUGUUUGAGUGGCAAGAUGGACCACUGGUCACUGCGAUGCGAUCGGCAUCAAUGUUCCUUUUGGACGAAAUUUCGCUUGCAGACGACUCAGUCCUGGAGCGUCUGAACAGCGUUUUGGAACCAGAGAGGACGCUCGUUCUUGCAGAGAAGAGCGGAUGGGAUGGCGAGUCCCUAGAAGUCGUCGCCCAUAGCGAGUUUCUACUAGCAGCGACCAUGAAUCCUGGAGGAGAUCAUGGAAAGAAGGAGCUCUCUCCUGCAUUGAGGAAUCGAUUCACCGAGAUUUGGGUGCCGCCGAUUAGCAACAAGGAUGACAAGGUUGCCAUUGUGCAGGCCUCUUGGCAUAAUGCAGUCUUGACUCCAUAUAGUGAAAGAGUGGUCGAUUUCUUGAUAGCAGUUGGUGGCCUUCUCGAGGACCCUCUGGCGUAUGGAAUAAGAGAUCUCCUCGCAUGGGUUCAUUUUUCAGACGAAAUCUUCAAUGCAACGGAACUUUCUGCCAAACAAAUUUUUCACCAUGCUGCACAUCUCGUGGCACUAGAUGGCCUAGCUGCCAUACCACAAACUCAGGGAUUUAGCGAAGCGGCCAUUGAAAGGCUCAGAGCAGAGGCCAUAAGGAUACUGAAUGAAAUGGUCCCAGACGGCAAGCCUGAACCAGAGAUAAGCGUUCAUGUCAAGCCAGCUACCAUUGCCAUUGGGUCAUUCUCAAUUCCGCUCGGCCCUUUGGAUCCUCCAAUGUCGAAUUCCAGAUACAUGCUCCCACAACGCUCAGCAAUAUCCAUCACUGACAUUAUCGACCUUUUUGGGUCUGAUCUCCCUGUUGAAGGGGGUCAACCAGGAGAAUUUGCAUGGAGAAACGCCGCCUUCCUUACUGCAUUGCAGAACGGAGACUGGGUGCUCUUGGACGAAAUGAACUUGGCUCCCCAAUCGGUUUUGGAAGGUCUCAAUGCUGUAUUAGACCAUCGAGGCUCUAUCUUCGUCCCCGAGUUGGGUCGUACGUUCACCAAACACCCAGCAUUCAGGCUUUUCGCAGCCCAAAAUCCGGUCCAGCAAGGAGGUGGCAGAAAAGGACUCCCAAAAUCAUUCGUCAAUCGGUUCACCAAGGUUUUUGUUGACUCACUGUCGACCGACGACCUCCUGAAGAUCGCUCAAACCGUGAAAGGAAAUUAUCCAGAGGAGACGCUGAAACGGAUGAUUGCACUCACCCAGCACAUCCACAUGGAAACCACUGUCACCAAAUCUCUCGGCCGAAAAGGAUCGCCUUGGGAGUUCAACCUACGCGAUCUCAUACGCUGGUUAGAACUUACAGACCAUCCCACGAAUUUGGAGGCUCGUUCAGGACAUCCUGUGGAUUUUGUUGGAGAAAUCUUCGCCCAGCGGUUUCGGGAACCAGCCGAGCGCAGGAAGAUAUACGAAGCCGCAGUUGAUCUCCUGCAGCCGACGUCUUCAGGAGUUGAAAGUGCCCACUUCUUCCCCACGACGUACUAUAUCCAAUUCGGUCAUUCGCUGAUCCGUCGAAAGGCUUCAUGGCGCGAGUCCACAUGGGUUGCCCCUGUCCUUCGUGAUCAUCUCUCUUCUUUCGAAGUCAUUACACGCUGCAUCGAUCAAGGCUGGCUGGUCAUACUCGUUGGAGGCCCGGGUUCCGGCAAGACGACAAUUCUGCGACAACUUGGCUCGUUUUAUGGAGAAAAGGCGGUGAAAUUCUCUGCAAGUUCUGCUACUGACACUUCUGAUCUUUUAGGUGGCUUUGAACAAGACGACGGACAACUCGGCCAGAGGCAGGCCAUUAAAACGAUUCGCGCAUUCAUGGACAGUCUCUCACAAUCAAAUCCGUUCGUUGCGCCCGAUAUCGGAGAAUGGCUCUCUGAUUCCCGCGUGGAUGUUGUAAAACUGCGACAGGUUUGCCAGCUUCUACCGGAGGACCAGAGAUCCGCUGUCGAGGAUGACAUUUUAACCAUAGAGACUGCACGACUCACUCAUCGAUUUGUCUGGGUAGAUGGUCCGCUCGUUCAUGCACUCAAGGAGGGCUUAUGGUUCAUCCUUGACAACGCUAACCUUUGCAGUCCAUCCGUUCUUGAUCGACUGAACUCUUUGUGCGAGCAAGGAGGUCAGCUCAUACUAACUGAGCGUGGUCUUAUCAAUGGGGCGAUCGAGACUAUACAACCUCAUCCCAACUUUCGGCUCUUUAUGACGAUGGAUCCAUUGAACGGAGAGCUCUCACGCGCUAUGCGAAAUCGAGGAGUCGAAGUCUAUGUUGAUGCACCCAAAACGCCUCAAGACUUGAUCGAAAUUGACCUGUUUAGACGUACACCGCUAGCAACGAAUUCAGUAACCGGCCAUGUGGAAGGGCGACAGACUAUGCUCAUGAGCCACCUCUCCUUAAGCUCCCUCCAGCGUCUCUUGAGGAUGGCACGUUUAGUGGAACACGCUGCGCCCAUCCAACAGAAUUUAUUCGUCUCCCAGCUACUUUCGACAGCGGAAAUCAGCUUCUUGUCUCAUCUUCAGCACCAAUUCGCCCUAGACACGCAAGGAGCUCUUGUUGGUACGACAGCGGACGAUAUGCCGCAAAUUGGUCUCCCCGCAUCGUUUCUUCAGUCUCAGCCCGAGGAAAUUAUGCUGAAUCCCAAUCUACUUGCUAGAAUCAGAUCCGUUGGGUUGGACGUGCGCGUUGCAUGGAAUACAUGCCGACGACGGAUUUACUCAUUAAUCAACGCCAUCGGAAAGUCGUCGCGUACUGAGGGCCACAAUCCACUGCAUCAGUCUAUAUUCAAUAUCUCCGAAGCUCAGUUCAGCGGACGUUUGAUUGGGGGCAGCGUUGCCGAGGAAGUCAAGGCAGUCUAUCCAGUACUCUACUCUGUGCGACAGUUUUUAGAGAGCUUAAUGGGUUCGCCUGUUCCCGUCAUUGAUAUUUCUAUCUGCUACACCCUAGCCGAGCUAUGGUACUACGGCUUUGAGAUUGCGCAGCAAAAUCGUCUUGACUAUUCUUCGUGGAUAUCGAUUCUCUGCGAGAUGCGAGAUGCAAUAGGCUCGAUUUCCGAUCGACAUCUUCGCGAGACGCUCCGCGAUGCACUUGAAAGCAUACGACUGAAGAGUGGGUUUGAAAUGAAGAGUAUAUGGAUGCUGCAUAGAGAUCACCAGGCGGGUCGGCAACGUGCAAGCCUUGCCUUAGUGCAGCUGAACCAGACAAGCAGAGAUAGUGGUAGGCUCUUUGGGCGGCUAGUUGAUAUUGCGGCACUCCAGUGGUUGAAUGAGAACUCUCAGGAUGAGACAGUGACGCCGUUGUUGGGGGAGAAAACGGGUUUACAGGAUGAAUCAAGCGGCUGGGUUGCGGUACAACUCCUCAAUCUUCAUCUCACCAUGCUCGGUGGUUUCAUAUCGACGGCAUCAAUUGAAUCUCAAUUGCUUGGUGUACUGUGUCAGCUGGCUAUGGCUACACCUGGGUAUCCAAUGGGGGGAAUUAUUACCCUAAGCUCUGCGAAGUGGGCAGAAAAGCUAAAACUUGACCACCGUCGCUGGGCAUCAUUCUCAUUUGGUGAUUGGACAACUGGAACGCUCGCCGGGGAGGGUGAGGGCAAGCCGGGUAAACUAAUGGGCCGUUAUGCAAAGUUAAUGGCAGUUGCUCGUCUUUGUGCCGGGGGUCGAAUCCCCAUGAAGUAUAGCAAAUUCCAUGAGGCAAUGCUGCAGAAUUCGCUCCUCGCCUCGGUUCUGGAGCUUCAGAUGCCUCUCAAAAGUCAUGCGGAUGAUCUUAUUAGCAUCCUGCGCAAUGAUAUGGAAGUGCUUCACACGGCUUUAAUAAAGGGUUCGGGAGGGCCAAUCGUCAAGUACCACGAUCUCGCCUCCUUGAUGACUUCGCUCAAUCAAGAAGCCAGAGAGGACUCGAUAAUAAAAGAGCUCUUUCAUAUCCUUGGAGUCGCAAUGACAGCGAUCCAAGACGCAUCCAAUGACCAGGCUCGUGUGUCAGCCGUUGCGGAAUGCUACUCCUAUCUUGCAAUUCUUGUUUUGCGCCUCUACGUUCCCAAUAUUCCAUUAGAUCCACAGGCCAGCUCUAUAACCAAACGUCUCCACCUAGUCCUCACCCAGCGCGGACUAGACUCAGAGCUCCAAUUGCACCAGGAGGCCGAACGGAUUUUAACGGGAAACGAGUCCAACCCUUAUAUCGAACUUCUCAAGGAGCAAUUGAAUGGCGUCACCAGUCGCCUAAACGAAACGACCUCACCACAGGAGUCUAUACCGAGGAGUUUGGACGAACUCACUGCACUAUGCACGGAACUCUCACGGUUCCAUGAUACCAUCAUACAGCCGACUAAGUUCAAAGCUCUCAUCGAGGGCUUGAAAAAUCGUGAUACGAUGGCUCAACAAAGGGAGGAGAUCGACCAGGAUUCCUGGAGGCAAUUUACAGAAAGGGUCGAAGCCAAAUACCCAGAGUUUGGAGAUAUUGUGUAUCCAGUACUCAUGUGGGUGAACCGGCUACGUUUCGGAGUAAACCUCCUGCACGUCAGCAGCGGCCACUCGCCAACAGACUACUUGCGUCUUGUCGGUGACUUCGCUCAUACGACAACGAGCUUUCCAGCGCUUUCUGGGGCAAGUCGGAUAGCGUCUGGUGGAUUGCAAGUGCCUCCCCAUGUCGUCCCCCAUGACUGGUCCGUCCUACGUAUCAAUGCGUCUCUUUUAUUAGUGGCCUCCGGCGAGCCAAUCGAGAUCCAUCGCGCCCUCAUUGCAUCCUCGUUCCAGCAAUUAUUUGGACUUUGGCAGGAGGAGAAGCGAAAGGCGGAUGAAGAGGAAGGUCAACAGUCCUCGCUGUACAAGCAGAGGAAAAGCACAUUCGUCCAGCUUUCCGAGGAAGAACAGGAAGCUCAAGAGUUCAAGCAACUCUUCCCGGAGUUUGAGGACGUGAUGAGCGACCCUCAACCAGCACUAUUCACCAAAGACCCCCGAGUGGACACGAAAUCAACCUAUCAACUCUUUAUGGCGGUCAACUCUCCAGAUCCCUCCAAUAUGCAGAUCCCCGAUGCCGAGCUUUUUAGUACGCGAAACUUGGCCCGUUGGCUUCGCAGCGCGCGAUUGGAAGGCGAUUUCACCGCAGACACCAGUGUUGUCUAUCGCAUUCGCACCGCAUCGCAUCGCCUCCAAUGUCUACAUCAAGAACGCGGCCCAGACGCUGGAUACAACUUUUAUCAUGACAGCAAUGUCACCGAGAUUACCCGCGCCCUCAAGAUUGUGUCAGCACUCCAAGACCGGCUCUUAGAACUCAUCGGUGUUUGGCCGGAUCAGAUGGUUCUUAAGCAUAUCAAAGAACGCUGCGAGGCAAUCACAGACCUUGACAUCGAGUCAAGUGUUGCAAGAGUACUCUCCGCCUUGGAACAGCUCCUCCUACAUACCGAAGACUGGCAGAAAUAUGCAGACAGAGAGAAUAGCCUAGCCAUUCACCAGGAGGCUCUGAGUAAUCUCAUUGUGGAGUGGCGCCGCUCCGAGCUUGCAUGCUGGGCUCAUCUAUUGGAUCACCAGGCCACCGAAUUUGCGCAAGACUUGGAGGAGUGGUGGUUUAGACUUUAUGAGAAUUUUGUUUACGCCUCGAAGAUGGAGAGGAUGGAUGGGGCGGGCGAAGACGCGUAUCUCGACCAGCUACUCCCUCUCCUGGAGAGUUUUGUAACCUCCUCGCCAGCAGGGCAGUAUGCGAGCCGACUUGAACUGCUGAAGGCCUUCGUCAACUAUAUCCGGGAAAUAGUUGCGCAGAACUCGUCACUCUCAGUGCGAGUUGCGCAUCUAUUGAACUCGGUCGUGCAAUUUUACUCAAGUUUUCGAUCGAAGGUAUCCACUAGCAUUCAGUCGCAGCGAGAGAGUAUCGACAAGGAGAUCAAGGGAUUCAUCAAACUGGCGAGUUGGAAAGACAUCAAUGUUCUUGCUCUCAAAGCAAGUGCGCAGAGGACGCAUCAUCAGCUUCACAAGUCGAUUCGAAAGUUUAGGGAGGUUCUUCGCACACCAGUCAGCCUACUUCUUUCGCAACCAUCCACUCUAGAAACUCGGGAGGCUUUAAACAUAGAAAGUUCUUUCAACUACCCCACUCCCCUCCCAAAAACCUCGCUCCCUCAAGUGCCGUCCGCGGUGGGUGCCCUCAGGAACAUCGAGAAUACUCUUGGGCUGUAUCAAGACAUCCUCAACUCGAGUUUUUCUAGCCCGGAACAGCCGUUAGUCGAGGAUUUCGCCUCGAGUAUUGUAGAGGCAGUCGCGGAGCUUCAAUCCGCUGUUGCUCCAGCUGAUGCCGACAAAAAGAGAGGCUGGCUCAAGAACCUUCAGAACCGGAAGCGAAAAGGGCUCGCAGAUCUUCUCAAGGCGUGCAAGGCCGCCGGUCUUUCGUCACAGCCCAGACAUGAUAUUACCGGACAGCAGCUCAAUCGUAGGUGGCUGUUCGAACAACGAGUCCCUGUUGAAAUCCCAUCAACAUCUGCACAAAAGAUGGACACAUAUUUCGAUAAAGUCAUUGCUGCACUACCCAAGCUCCAUUCAUCGCUGUCAUCGCACUCCAGCGAAGUGUCGACCAAAGAUCUCUCUAAACUUCUCCAUUUCUCCCAAUCGCUCCUCUAUUUCGCGAUACAGAGUCGUUCAUGGGUGCUAGAAUGUCAAACUAUAUCGUCUAGGCUUGCCUCAGUCGUUCACAUUCUCGAAGCCAAUGGAGCAUGCCAGUUGUCCGACGCUGGAAAUCACGCCCUGCACCGUCUUUCGGUGUAUGCUUCCGUCCUCGCUUACGCCACUCAAUCUACGCAAAAUAUCAGAGACGUGGCACUCGAGAUUCAGAACCUACCUUACGGAUUCCUUCCAUUUAACUUUACCGUACUCAAGGAACUCGAAGAACGUCUCUCCCAAAUGAGUACGCUCAAAGUUCGGAUAGAAGAGCUGCGCAUGCGCUCCAAACAAGGACAUAUCAUCCUACUCUUCUCAGAUGAAAAUAAUCUUCUCGACAUCGCAAAAGCGUCUCUUUGCGAUCUCUGCAAAGUCCUUAAGAGCUGGUGCGAAGAAGAUCCACGAGCUCAACAUCUUUGCGGAUUAGUGGUCGCGACCUUGGAAGAAAGAAUUGACCUGUUGCCAAGUUACGCACCCUAUGCAUUUGAAGAGAAGCAGAUAGACGAGAACCCUCUCAACGUUCUCCUUGUUAUCGCUCAGCGAUUGAAAGGGUUCUCGGCUGGGGUACCAGGAGAGGAUUUCGUCAAACAAGGGGCUACCAGAUAUCGCACCUUGAAUACCAUCUUUGACGCAGUUCGUGUUGCCCAAGAGGUUGAUGCGUUUUUCUUGUGUCUUCCCCAGUCAUCUUCUGCGACUUUAUACAUGCAGCGACUACACCCGUUUCUCGCCACUUAUCAGCGUUCCUUGGAUAGCUACUUCAAACAACUUGUGCUCUGGACGAAAUCACUCUUCAAACUUUGUUCAAUUCUUUUGAACCUCGCCCAAGAUCUUGCCGACCGAGGCUUUUGCCAACCGCAGGAUGCUCCCCCCGAUUCUCGAACAGACACCGGCCAGAAAAUGGAGGGUACAGGUGUCGGAGAGGGAAGUGGUGACAAAGACGUGACGAAUGAGAUCGAGGACGACUCGCAGAUGGAAGGACUCCAGGGGGCUGAGGAGGAGAAACAGCAAAUGACCGAAAGCAAGGAAGAAGGAAGAGAGAUGGCCAACGACUUUGAAGGAGAUUUAGAGGAUGUAGCCCAAGAUGAGAAUGACGGCGAGGACGACAAUUCCGAUUCGGACGCUUCAGAAGUCGAGGAAAGGGCCGAGAAUCUGGACCCUGCAGAUCCCGGGGCUGUCGACGAGAAAUUGUGGGAAGGAAAGGCGGACAAAGGGGAUCGGAAGGAGGAUCAAACUACAGAUCAGCCUUCGAAAGAGGUGCCUGGGGAGUCCGAAGUUGGGGCAAAGAGAGACGAUAGCAAUAAGCGGAGCCAGCAGGAUCCAAAAAUGGAAGAUGCACCGCCAGACACCGAGGAGGUGCCGUAG